GUCUGUGUCUUCCAGAGUUCAGAGCAGAAAGACAGAAGAGCUGGUGAACCAACAGACACACGUCCAGAGGGAGCACAGAGAGGGACUUCUCAGGCUGUCCCAAGAGCUCAGGGAGAAGGAGGAAGGCUGGUUGUCAUGCCAAUGCAGGUGUAACUCUCUACAAUCACAGCUGUUGGCAUGUCAACAGAGAGAGGAGGCGGCAACCCGGAAGUACUCUGUGGCUGAGCAGGAAGUGGAAGCUCUGAGGAGAAAACUAGAACACGCCCAACAGAAGAGCAAAGACCUGAGGAGAGACAGUGAGAGGAUGAUGGAGUCCCAUCGUAAAGCCUUGACCAAGAUGGAGGAUGACUACAGACAGGAGCUGCCCUUCAAGCUACAGGCAGUUCUGGAGGAGCAAAGGACCCAGAAUGCUGUGCGUCUGAAGGAGCAGGAAGAGGAGCUAAAGAGGGAGGCGGCGUUAGAGCUGGUGAUUGACAGGGAGAAGAGUCAGGAGCUGCUGCUGCAGUACCAGAGAGAGAAGGAGCAGAUGCAGAGGAAGCUGUCCUCCCAGGUCCACUCAGCCACACAGGACCUCAGAGAGGAGGUGCAGAGACUGAGGGAGAUGCAGGAGGAGAGGAGCACUAAAGAGGAGAGGCUACAGCGUGUACUACAGCACUCCCAGCAACAGGGGGCGCUAGAGCUAAGCCAGGCCAGAACAGAACUGCAGCUGCUGAGAGGAGAGAACACUGGACUACAGAACGAGGUGGUAUUGCUUCAGGAGACAGUGAGGAGAGAGUGUGAAGAGAGAGGGGAGCUGACCGCUGCUCUUACCCAAGCUAGAGAGCAGCUCCUGGUGCUACGACGCCAAGCCUCGCCCCUGGAUCUCUCCCACCUCAAAGGCAAACACCCCCAGACAGACCUCCCACAUUCCCAGACCAAAGUCAGACUGCCCCUCACCCGCUCCUUCACCCCCCAACACACACUGAGACCCUCCCCUCCAUACACAGCCACGGGGGGGAGAGAAGGGGGAGGCGUGGGAAGGAGUGUGGCAUCCUGGCACGGUAGUGGCGGAGGGGCUGGGGAGAAAGGGAGAGGGGGAGAGAAAGGGGGGAACCUGCCCAAACUGAGGUCCAGCAGUGAGGUCAAACACAGAGUUAAUCUGGUGAUGGGGAGGAAGGAGAGAUCCUGAAACACACUGUUACUCACACAGACAUUUAGGAAAAGAGAUGAAACGUGCCGCACACACAUAUAUAUGGUCACCUACACUCACAGGCACAUGAUACACUGUGGGCUUCAAUAACGUUCACAGACACUCACACUCCAUCCCAGAGACAAACACACUUGAGUUCACACACACAUUCAAACAGCCUCCCUCAGUCAGUUUCAAUGGCACGCCACAGCUUUCAAAACAAACACACACUCACACUCCAUCACGAGGCCAGGAGAGUAGAAGCUUGACAGCACAUCCCCUGCCACCCGCAGACACAAACAAAGGCCUGACAUGCACUCACUGCAGCACACAUACACACACGGACACACACACACACAGACACACUCGCAUGCACAUGCGUGCACACACGGACACAACACACACACACACACAGACACACUCGCAUGCACAUACACUCAUCCUCUCGAUUUGUCUCAGAGCCUUCUCUAUUACAAAUGUGCUAUAACUCACUCACACACACGCUCGAAGAGCAUUGUCCCUCACAGGGAUGGUCUCACUCACACACACACACACACACACACACACACACACACACACACACACACACACACACACACACACACACACACACGCCUGUCUGAAUAUUGGUAGUGGAGCUAUGGCACAGCUAUGGCACAGCAGUCACACACACAUUGUGUGUGGUUUUGUGAGAAAGCAUCCCAUAAUAUCUAUUGAUGUUUUUUAGUGCGACUCGUCGUUGUUCCUGGUGCUCAUGUUUUCCCUUCAGAUGCACUCCUGACCUUUCACCUCUCCUUUCAUCUCCUCCUCCCUAUCGCCCUGCGGCCUCGCGCCUCACUUCCUGCUACCGUGACCUCCACUUCCUGAACCUCCUCUACCACUCUUUGAAGAGGGCAGGUCUUUCAACACGGACCAGAGUUAUAAACACUCUCUCUCUCUCUCUCUCUCUCUCUCUCUCUCUCUCUCUCUCUCUC